AUGGAUGACACAAGUCCUUGCGAACAAAGCACUGUUACAUCUAUCGCUACGCUUGCCAACGAGGAGAGCCCGAUGCACCACGUGCGUCGCCUUUCCACUGGCCAAAUGGCCGAUGAAGUCAUUCCUAAAGAGCGCAUAGAUGUCAUAUAUGAAUUUCUUCGGCAACAUGUUACAUCUCGACCACUUGUCGGCGUUGUGUGUGGAACCGGUUUGGGGGGACUUAGCAAGUGUUUGUCUAACCAGGAGGUUAUUAAAUACGAGGAUAUUCCACUCUUUCCACGAGCAACUGUGGAAGGACAUGUCGGCGAGUUAGUCUUUGGAGAUCUGGAAGGGGUCCGUGUUGUCUGUAUGCGAGGUCGCUUCCAUUGCUACGAAGGUUAUGCAAUGCGCGAGACGGCACUGCCCAUUCGUGUCUUGUAUCUACUGGGCAUCAAAUACUUGGUAGUGACCAAUGCCGCAGGAGGUCUGAACCCGGACUUUAAUGUCGGCGAUUUGAUGAUUCUCAGCGAUCACUUGAAUAUGCCGGGGAUGUCGGGUCAGCACCCAUUGAUUGGACCUAAUGACUCUCGCUUUGGUGCAAGGUUUACACCGUUGUCGAACGGCUACGAUAAGACGCUUCAAGAUUUAGCUUUUAAUGUGGCCGAAAAACUUGGCCUUACGCACAAGGUUCGGAAAGGAGUAUACUGCUUUGUUUCUGGGCCGACGUAUGAGACACCAACAGAAUGCCGCUUUCUUAGACUAGUAGGAGGCGACGCCGUCGGCAUGAGCACAGUACCUGAGGUGAUAGUGGCUGUGCACUGUGGUCUCAAAGUUAUUGGCCUGUCUUUAAUCACCAACAAAGCGCUUUUUCCUGGAGAAGAGCGCGAGGCAGCUUCUCAUAGUGAGGUCCUCGAAACUGCUCAGGCUACGCAACACGACAUCGAGAAGUUUGUGCGUGAUCUGAUUGUAGCAAUUGGAAAACAAAUGAGUUCGUAA